AUGGAGCAAACCCAAAGUUUGUCAACUUUCUUGGGAAUGCUCAAAGAGGUGGAAUGCACAAAAUCAGGGAAAAAAACCAAUACAGACCACAAGGUGGUGUACAAUAGUAUCAACAAUAAGGAUAGGCCAGUCCUCAUGAGAAUUCCUAAAUAUGCAAAAUGUGCGAAAGAUAUUGUGGCUAACAAGAGCAGGAUAACUGAAUAUGAGAUGGUGGCACACACUAAGGAGUGUAGUUCAAAAAUUCAAAAUAAGCUACCGACUAAGUUGAAAGAUCCUAGUAGCUUCACAGUGCAAAUUACAAUUGGUAAGUGUAUUAAUGCAAGAGGUUUAUGUGAUUUGGGAAUAAGUAUCAACUUGACGCCCACAUCCAUAUUUUGGAAACUGGGCUUAGGUAAGGCAAAGCCUACUAGUAUAAUGUUGCAACUGGCAGACUGUUCAGUAGUACAGCCUGAUGGUAUAAUUGAAGAUAUCUUAGUCCAAGUGGGAACUCUUAUCUUCCCCGUGGACAUUGUCAUCUUAGAUUUUGUGCCUGACCCAAAGGUUCCAUUCAUUUUGGGAUUUCCGUUCUUAGCAACCAGAGGAGAAUUGAUUGAUGUUGCCACUGGUAGAUUGACAAUGCACGCCCAUGACAAGGUAGAUGUCUUUGAUGUGUAA